AUGGGGAGUAAGAAACGCGCAAACAAGGAGGAGGAGGAGGAGGAGGAGGGAAAUGUGAUGAAGGAGAAAAAGACGAAAAAAAAGGUGUCCGACAUUGACGACAUAUUUGGAAAAGUCGUGAAGAAGAAGAAGACGGAGAAGAAGAAUGAAAGUAACGAGGAAGGCGAUGGAGGCGCGAGGAAUAAGAGUAACAACAAGAAGAAGAAGAAAGAGAAGGAAGGAUACGUGAAAAUUCUGCUCCCCGGGCAGAAAAAACCGAAAGGGAAACGGUUAAACAGCAAAGGCGAGGAAGUGCCAGAGUUUACUCCCGUGGACAAACCGAGACGGAUGGAAGACGGUUUGCCAGUUUAUAAAUCGUACGACGAUUUCACGGACAUGAAGCACGGACAGCAGAAAGUAGAUAGCAAAGGCAGAGUUUUGGGGCCGAAUGGGGAACCAGGAGGGAAGUGUCCGUUCGAUUGUUGGUGCUGCUUUUAA